CAGUCUGUCAGGGUGCUGCUAACAACAACAAAGGAUGGUGAAUAAAUGAAGUUUCAAACUUGCUUUUUAAUUCAUGGCCAGUCGUGACCGCUGUGUGUUUUUUUGGAGUUUAAUGUCAACCUGCAGAAACAGUAAAGUUACUAAUGUAGCUCAAAGCAGAGCAAACGACCCAGUCAAAAGCUGUAACUUGUGAAUGAGAGGUCUGCUUUUCACAUAAUAAAAUGAUUCGUAUAGCAGCACUAAAUGCUGCUUCGACUGCUGCAGACGAGUCCCAAGAUCCUCUGAGAAGAAACAAGAGUCAGACAAAAGAGGCUCAGGAAGCAGAGGCAUUUGCUUUAUACCACAAAGCUUUGGAUCUGCAAAAACAUGACAAAUUUGAGGAGUCUGCCAAGGCCUAUCAUGAGCUUCUUAAAACCCCGCUGCUUAAAGAGGCUUUGCCCUCAGACGAUCAGAGAGUGGGUCUCAAGCACCCCGGACUGAUGUUGAAAUAUUCCACUUUCAAAAACUUGGCUAGUAUGUCUGUAUCACGGGAGGACCUGGAGACGGCUAUGGAGUUCUAUUUGGAGGCAGUGAUAUUGGAUUCCACUGACGUCAACAUGUGGUACAAAAUUGGUCAGGUCGCUGUACGACUGGUUCGGAUUCCCCUGGCCCGGCAUGCCUUUGAGGAGGGAUUGAACUGUAACUCAGACCACUGGCCCUGCUUGGACAAUCUCAUAACUAUGCUCUACACACUCAGCGACUACACCUGCUGUUUAUACUUCAUUGCCAAAGCCCUAGAGAAGGAUCACUGUUACACUAAAGGUCUGGUGUUAAAGGAGAAAAUCUUCAAGGAGCAGCCCUGUCUGAAGAGGGACACCAUGCAGAUGUUCACGAAAUGUGAUAUGUCUAUUCACUACGUUGAAGUGGAGAAGGAGGAAUGGGACUCCAUUGUGGAAGAGGCGAUGGACAUACGUAGGCGCAGACAAGCUCUCUCACAGUGUGAACCAAAACCUGACCUAGUCCUCAUUCAGCCAAUCCACUGCUUCUCAUGGAAGAAUGUGGGUGAGAGCCUUCUUGCAAUGUACAAACAUCAGACCACAUGUGAGCCCCCGCGUCCAAGUCUCGGUCGUAGGAUUGACUUGUCUGAGUACCGUGACCCAAACUCCCUCCAGAAUCUACCCCAACCCAGCAGCCCGGUCAGUGUGGUCCAGACCACUGUGUUGAGCAGCAGCCCCAGUUCAUCCCUGCCACCAACGGCCCUCGCUGAGCCCCCAGUGCUCCCCCAACCCAUAAUUCAGCCUCAGAUUACAACCAGCCAGACCACCGUGGAGAUCACCACUUCUGCCCCCCCUGCUGCAGCUCCAGCAAUGGACGUGUCACUGUCAGACAAAGUGAAGAAAGCAGCUCCGAAAAGGAAACGUGCGUCCGAAGAUAGUGGCGAAACAGCCAAGCGACGAUCUGCACGUGUUCGAAACACAAAGUGCAAGAAGGAGGAGAAGAUUGAUUUCCAGGAGCUGCUCUAUAAAUACCUACCGUCCAGGCUGAGGAAGUUUGAUCCUGAUAAUGAUGAAGAGAGUCUGAGUAAUCUGGAGACCCAGUGUGACAGGAAGGAGGACUUACAGCCUCUGCAUGGGAGUGGUGUACCUGUUGACUCAGUUGUGUACAUGGAAUCUGAACAAACCAAUGUCCACAACUUCCUGCUUAAUAACAUGAGCAAUGGUGGCAUACUAGAGUUGAUGAUGCGCUAUCUGAAGGCAGUGGGUCAGAAGUUCCUGGAGGGGUGGCCUCGAGGGCUGACUGCUGUGGUGCUGGAAGUCUAUCAAAACUGGAGGAAGCACAGCUGUGGUCUUCCUAACCCUCUGCUCCGGGACUGCAGCAACCAACAUAUGCGAGACAUGUUGACGAUGAGCUUAGCGUGCAUGGAGUUGCACUUGGAGCAGAGGUUACACAACAAAGGAAAGAUGGUGUCACCAAGAAGAAGCAGCAUUGGUCCCAGUAGUGAUGCAGCUGAGUCAGAAUUCCCUGGUCAGCACUUCGAGGGGGACUUGUUUAUCCUGGCUUUAGGUUCAUCCCAGAAAGAAAUCUUUGAGGAAGACUGGGUGGAUGUCAUGGUGCGAGUCUACUGGCUCAAAGCUCGGUUCUUGGCCCUGCAGGGAGAUAUGGAGUCAGCCCAGGAGAGCUAUGAUGUCUGUACAGGCCUGUUGCAGAGCAAACCAAAGAGCCCAGAAGGGAAACCGUACACUAUAAAUCUGCCAAAUCUUCGUGUGGAUGCAGCAAUCUCGGUGGAGGAGAUCGACAAAAGGCUGAUGUCUCUGGAGCGUUGUCAGUCUUUGGAGGAGAUCCAGCGUCUCUUUGAAUCUGCAGACUACGAGUCUGUGUGGCGUCUGCUGCAGCCCACUCUUAAUUAUGGCAGCAGGAGUAAACCUCUGGAGUUUGUGAGCUCAGCACCAGAGCGGCCUGCUCAGCUGAUGCUGCUGCAGAACGCGCUGUUGAAGCUUGAGGACUACCAGCAGUGUUUGGAGUGCAGCGAGCUGGCUCUUAAUGAAGCUCUGCAGCAGCUCAACUCUGGUCCAAACAGCUCUCCCCCGAGUAAGGAGGAGUGGGUCAGGACUAUUGGAAAGUUGUUGGAUGGCAUUGAGGUUUGCUUCACCAAAGACUUGGCACUUCUAAGCAAUGUCCCACACUACUCUAGUUUGGCUCGACUGGCAAACAACCUCAUUCAGCUGAUUGAUCUCAGCAUGAGUGUUUCCGACGACCCCAAGGAGCCAUAUUUCUUCUCGGUCCUGCCUUGGAUUAUCCUGUACCGCAUUAUCAAACACGAAGAGGCUGCUUUCGACUGUAUGCUCCGACAGCAUAUUUCCGUAGGGGAUGAUGAAGAUGACUCAGACACUCCCAUGCUGCCUUCCUCCUUGAUGCUUUUGAACACAGCCCAUGAGUAUCUAGGCCGGCGCUCCUCAUGCUGCUACUCCAAUGGAGCACUCCUUAAGUUCUUUAUUCAAGUUUUGGAAAAAGAGUUUGCAGCCUCAUCCAGCACUGACACUCAUCCCUACAAAGAGGAGUUGGAGAUGGCCUUGGAGCAGUGCUUCUUCUGCCUGUAUGCCUACCCCAGCAAAAAGAGCAAGGCCCGCUACCUGGAGGACCACUCAUCCCCACAGGUUGAGCUGCUGUGGUGCGAUGCCCUCUUCAUGUUCAAGUACUUCAAACCAAAGUCCCUCCCUGAGUUUGACAGCUAUAAGACGAGCACAGUGUCUGCUGAAUUAGCCAAUCUGCUGAGGAGGUUUGCUGGCAUCGCCCCAACCAGUGACACCCCCACCCUUACCAUGGAGGAAGUGGCAGCCUACAUCGAGUGCAUGACAGAAAAGGCUCCGUGCCUUCCUGAGGGUAGUGCUCCUGCACCUGCGAUCAUUGAUGAGAUCUACUACCUGCUGGCUGAUUACCAUUUCAAGAACAAGGAGCAGUCAAAAGCCAUAAAGUUCUAUAUGCAUGACAUAUGCGUGUGUCCCAACAGGUUUGACUCCUGGGCAGGUAUGGCUCUAGCAAGGGCCAGCCGCAUCCAAGAGAAGCUCAACUCCAAUGAGCUGAAGAGUGACGUUCCCAUAUGGAAACACUCCCAAGCAGUGCUCAACUGUUUUAAGAGGGCCCUGGAGAUAGACAGCUCCAACCUGUCUCUGUGGAUUGAGUACGGUACCAUUUCAUAUGCGCUGCAUUCAUUUGCUUCACGGCAGCUCAAGCAGUGGCGCAACGAGCUGCCCCCAGAGGUGGUUAAACAGAUGGAAGAAAGGAGAGACUCCAUGUUGGAGACUGCGUUCCAGUGUUUCCAGGGGGCUUCACGUUGUGAGUGUGACAGUGAUGAAGAAGAGUGGCUCAUUCACUACAUGCUGGGGAAGAUAGCAGAGAAACGCAAACAGUCUCCAGUGGAGUAUCUGCAGCUUUACAAAAAGGCAGCAAACUAUCUGCAUGAAGAAGCUGCCAGGUACCCCCGAAAAAUCCACUACCAUAAUCCCCCCGACCUGGCCAUGGAGGCCCUGGAGUUGCAUUUUCGUCUCAGUGCUACCAUGCUAAAGCUACUGGAGGGCGAGCAGCCUGAUCUGGAACAUGAGCUCUUGUUCAAUUUGCUGGUUGAGGCUGCCACUGGGCCGUUUGCCAGGGGGGAAGAGAAGAGUAUGCCGAGCAUGCCCAGGUCCAAUGAAAAGGAGAAACCGCCCUCCAUGAUGGAUGAAGACUUAAACUCGUCUGUGUGCAUAGGGAACACCCACAGCUCCUCCCUUCCGUCAGCUGCCACCCCAGGUCUCACAUCCCCUCCUUACGUGGCCACGCCUUUUGACCACGAUUACGCCAAACGCAAAACACUCCGACGGCAGCAGUGGCAGCAGCAGCGGCAUGAGGAGCAGCAGGCUGAUGCCUCACCAGAGUUUGACCAUGAUUACUGCCUGCCCAGGUCUGCAAUGUGGCUGGCUUCCCUGAAUGAGCGGAGUCAGGACAGUGAGGUGGUGAUGCUCUCUGACUCCAACUCCACCCAGGACGCCUUCACAGACCCCGCCAGCUCUCAAGACAGCAGCCACAAACCUGUGUCUGUGAAAGCUUGUUCAUCGUCAUCAGAAAGCACCACACCUGUGAAGGAGGGGCAGGCUGCAUCCGAGGACACAGCAUCACAUAUAGAACAUUCUGGCAUCCAGGUGGAAGAAAAAAUCAUCCAGGAAGUAGUGGAAUCUGUGGUGGUGACACUUCCUGAGACUUCAGCCCCAAAGGUCUCCGCAGAGCCUUGUCCUCUUCCUGUUCCUCUACCUGUCCCAGCCACACCUCCGAAGCCAGCCCCCUCUCAACAGUCCACUCCCCAAACACCAGCCAGCGAGGGAAAGAGGAAGCCAGAGCCCCCUAUUGAGGUGAUCGAGGUGCCCAAAGCGCUUCCUACAGACCGUGCCGACCAGAGACGGAUGCUGGUGGACAUGUGCGUUCGCGCUCUCUUCCUCUGCCUCGGCCGCUUUCCUCAACACUACAAGAGUCUGUACCGCCUGGCCUUUUUCUACAGCAACAGCAAGACCCAUCAGAACCUACGAUGUGCCCGAGAUGUGUUGCUAGGAAGCAGUGUCCCAUGGCAACAGCUGAAGCACAUGCCAGCACAAGGACUUUUCUGUGAAAGAAACAAGACAAACCUGUUCAAUGGCAUCUGGCGUAUUCCAGUAGAUGAGAUUGAUCGCCCAGGGAGUUUUGCAUCUCAUAUGAACCGAUCCAUUGUCCUCUUGCUGGAGGUGCUGUCUCAGCUCAAGGAUCACGACACCCUUCUGAAAGUCUCUUUCAUGCUGCAGAGAACCCCUGACCAGGGAAAGAAAUAUUUACGGGAUGUUGAUCGGCAGGUUUUGGCCAAGAGAGCAUUUUUCCUAACUGUAAAAGUCCUGGAGGACAAUCUCAAGAGUCUCUCAGGGGUGUCUGAGCAGCUUCACAAAGCGCCCGCACCCUCCAUGGGGGAGAUGACCACAACAGACGCAUCCAGCAGGCCCAGUUCAGAGGACAGCAAACAUGCACUGCCUAAGAAGCUUGGGCUCACAGAGGGAGCUGGUGCCACUGACACCGGGCCCAGGGAAGCAUCUCAGGCACAACUCACCCAUCCACAAUCGCUACCCAUAGAUAAAGGGAGUAAAGUUCAGGAGAGUUACUCUGGGAAGGUGGAGACUGCUGGAAGUGAGGGACAGAAAGCAGGUCCAGAGGAACCCAUGGAGCUGGACUGUGGGAACUGGAGGAGACCCUCGGUCACCACAGAUUCUCAGGGCAACCAAACAGAGACUGAGACCCCCCUGAGUGCUGUGGAGCCCCUGCAGAAAAUGACUGACAGUGGCCGGACACCAGAGCUGUCUCUAGAGGAGCUGAGUAUCAGUUCCAGGCAGCAGCAGCUACAAGCCUCAGCACCCAAGGUCACUGUGGCAGCCAGCGGGACUGAUCAGGGUUCUGUACGGAGGCCAAACAGGAAAAGGAAGCUUCUUGAGGAUGUCGAGUCCGGAAAAACCUUGCUGCUUGAUGCCUACAGGGUUUGGCAGCAGGGACAGAAAGUCAUGACCUACGAUCUGGGACGCAUUGAGAAGAUCAUGUCUGAGACCUACAUGCUCAUAAAACAGGUGGACGAGGAUGUAGCUCUGGAUCAAGCUGUGAAGUUCUGCCAGAUACAGUUGGCCACUUCUGCCCAAAGACAGUCUGCAGGCGACACACCCACAACGCCAAAAUAUACCAAGGAUCACCGAGACAUCUUCUUCCCCGCCUCCCUGCCCACGCCUGUCCUGCUCAGCCACACCGCCUGCCACCCGCUCUCCACCCAGGACGGCCAGGCCAAAGUUCUGUACGAGCCCCUGAGCAAGCUGUGCAGACCUCCUCAAGCCUCAGGCUUCCAAGAUCAGACGCAGCAGCACAGGAGAGCAAGCAGUCACCCUGCUGCCGCCAUGGCCUUCCUACCACACACAGAGGAGCCAUCAGAGGGACUGGCGUACCGACAGCAGGAGUCACACCUUUGUCAGCAGAUGAAACUGGCCACUGUAUCCCAAGGACAGGAGUCAGCAGCAGGCUGGUUUCAAGAGGAGACCGCCACAUGUAGCAGCGCACAAACAUGCCAAGACCAGCAGCAGUACGCCAGCAAUGAGCAUUCAAAGCUUCCAGACCCCAACAGAAUCCGCUCUCGGGUCCCAGCAAACAUGCCAAAGCUUUUCAUCCCGUCCACCGUUACCAAGUUCCCACCAGAAAUCACAGUAACACCCCCGACACCCACGCUUCUCUCCCCCAAAGGCAGCAUCUCAGAGGAAACCAAACAAAGACUAAAGAACGUCAUCCUGUCAUCUCAGUCUGCAGCCACUGUCAAAAAGGACACUCUGAGCCAGCCUGCGCUGGAGGUGCAGGAGACGUCGAGCCAGGAAUCGUCUCUGGAGAGCGAGUCUGACGAGGAGGAUGAGGAGGAGGACGACGACUACAUGGACAUCUGAGCUCUGAAGGAGCUGUGUGCACGCUCAAAACGAAACGAGACCCGGCGCUCUGUCGCUUCACUCUGCCAAACCCUGUGCCCCUGUCUUAAAAAAAAAAAAAGAAAUGUUCAUGUCUCUGCAGCUGUCUUUGUUGAUGCUAUUGUUCUGUCAUGUGCAUUACUAAAUAAAAUGCAGUAUUCUCAUCGCCUGUCACCGUAUUAACGGUGCAUAUGACAGACGACAAAGGCUUUAUUCCCACAGCAUGUCUGUAAUGUGCCACUCAUGCAUAUCACACAUCAGCUUAUGGAGCUCUCCUGUACCCAGCUGGAUCCGGCAACAAAGACUUGCAGCCUCUGAAGUCCGGUCCCGUGUUUAUGCAUCUAUUUUUGUAUGUCGUUUGCUAACCUUACCUCCGAGCCGCAGCUAAAUCCUCGUCUGAGAACUCUCCUCUCUGAGGUGCCUCAGUCCGUACUGAAGCUCAGCAGCAUGAACCUGCUGUCCUCCACUUUGAACUUUCACUUUAGCAUGAGAAUUUCUUCUGCCAGAUAUUUAACACCAGUACUUAAUAUAUGUCAAUGGACACAAAGGUGAAUUAAGGACAAUCGGCUGCACUCGAGGUUCGUCUGUGGUUCAGAAAAAGUCCGCACAGCCUCACAACCUGUAGCAGAUUGGAAAUGUUUACACUUAAUAUUCGGGAUGUUUUCAUUUGGCACUACACUUCGUGCUAUUUUUGUACUCGCUGUACUUCUUGUAAUAUUUUGUCCUCUAUAUAUAUUUUUUUCUGGGUGUGCAUUUGUAGCUAAGAGGAACCGUUCUUACCGAGAAGACGUCCUGUCACCAGCACUGAUCUGAAUGAUACACAAAGAGGUGUCACUUAUUAUGAAUUAGCUUUUGUACACUUGCUAAUCCGAGUCUCUUUCCAACAUGUUUGGCUUUAACGGGUGGCGUAUUAAGCUGAAGAAGUGUGUGCAUGGGUGAGGGUGUCAACAUCAAGGCGAGGGUCGCUUUCGUUUCAGUCGGCUGCAGGAAACGACUCCCCAUUAGCAGACGCUCAGCGAGAUCUGUCCUCAGUUCAGUGGAAUUGAAAUGCAUGAGGAAGACUUUCUGAUACUGAUGCCUUUCCUUAUACACCACUUUGGUAAAUUUGUCACAAUUCUAGCUAAACUCAGAGGAAGACAAGUGAAUGUUUUUUACAGAUUGUUUUCUAUACAGAGAAAGAUAUAUACUGAUUGUGUUUCUUGAAAGCUGUCUUAAAAAAAGAACUUUUGAAAGGAACACAAAUGAAUAAUUGUAAACUAUCACCCUUGAUAACAAGAAAGCGUUUUGUAUUUGAUUUCAUUGUUUUUGGUUAUUUUCUUGUAAAAAUAGUUUUCUAUUGUUUUUCGUGGUAUGUUGGGAAUGUACCACAUUUAAGAAGGUGAGCAGGUUGAAUCCCCCCUUCAUCUGCUCAGUCUGUUGGAGAGAGGGGGGGGGGCUGUUCUCUUUGUCUGGACUGAAUGCAUUAUAAAUGUCAAAACCAAAAAUAUAUUUGAGAAAC